AUGAAAACUUUGGAAGCAAUCUUGGAACGUACACCGCCGGAAGCCGUUUUUUCGAUUGAUAUCGAUUCUGGCCGUGACGCGGUGUCAACCUUGUUGCUCCGGUUUUUGGAGGUGAAGGGUUGGGGUGGAGGUGAUGAACUUAUGACAUCCAUCACGCAUUAUUUCGAAUCUAUCGGAAUCUGAAAUACUGAUGCGGUAGUUCUUGUUCAAAAGGAAAUCUUCGUCUACAGCUUUGAUUUUUCCAUUGUUGUUCCUCCACCGGCGGUAAAUCUAACAAACACGACUCGCGAUUUCGCCGUUCUUUU